GGACGAGUAUGUUAUUAUCCCUGAAAUUAUAUGCGAUAAGACUUAGAAGGACAACAGGCAGAGACUUUCUGAGUGUCUCCAAUGGCGACUUUUGUUUACCUCAGUGGCAUGGUUCAUAGUAAAGGAUGGUGGCCUCCCAAACCCUUCCAACACAAUUUCACUCUCUCUGAUAUGACGAGCAUUAUAUCAAGCCACCAUUUUAAAUGGUCACUUGGAAUCAAUAAUCGUCUUUAUAAAGGGAGAUGUUAUAACAUUACCUAUAUACCUUACAAAAAAUUAACUUCUUUCCACAAUCAAAACCUUUGCAGUACUUAUUACUGUUUUAGGAGAUGUAGACCAAUCUUUUCCAGUGCUGUUGAUGAUGAGAAGGAACCAGAUGACUCGGGAGAUGAAAUGAGUGAGAAAGAAUUACCUGAAGGCAAAAUAAGAGUGAAUAGUGAAGUUCUAAGAGAGAAUCUUGAAAGAAUUGGCAGUUCAGAUGAUUCUACCGCUAGUGGGAUGGAUCUUGCAACUCUUAUUAGAAACAAGUAUGGAAGGUCUUAUGAUGUUCAACUGAUAAAAAAGUUGGGCUAUGAUCCUUCUGAGGAGCUAUUUGGGCUCGAGGUUGAUCUAAAGCCAAGGAAUAUAGCUUCUAGUUCACCAAAACCAAGGUCAUGGUUUGGUCCAAAUGGUCAGUAUAUUAGAGAGUUUCCCUGCCCAAGUUGCAGGGGGAGAGGGUACAAUCCAUGUACAGAAUGCGGAAUAGAAAGAUCCCGGUUAGACUGCUCUUUAUGCAAUGGAAAGGGUCUAAUGACCUGCCGUCAGUGCUUGGGGGAUUGCGUAAUAUGGGAAGAGUCAAUUGACGAGCAACCAUGGGAGAAGGCCCACUCAAUUUCCCCCCUCAAAGUGAAGGACGACGAUGAAGUGGACAAUUUAGACAUCAAGGUGAAUGUGAAGAAAAAGUCAAAGCGUGUCUACCAUUCACCAUCUCCUGAAGUUGGACUGAAGAUUAGCCGAUCACUAAAAAGUCUCAACGCCAAAACUGGACUAUUUAGUAAGAGGAUGAAGAUUAUCCACCGUGAUCCUAAGCUUCAUGCUCAGAGAGUUGCUGCAAUUAAGAAAGCAAAAGGAACUCCUGCAGCAAGGAAACGUGCUUCUGAAGCUUUAAAAGCUUUCUUUAGUGAUCCAGAGAAUCGCCACAAACGAAGCCUUGCAAUGAAAGGAGUGAGAUUUUACUGCAAAAACUGUGGACGUGAGGGGCACAGGAGAUUCUAUUGUCCUGAACUCAAAGAUAGUGCGAGAGAUAGGCGAUUUAGAUGUAAGUUAUGUGGGGAAAAAGGUCAUAACAGAAGAACCUGUCCGCAGACAAGGUUGAGCAAUCACAACAGUAUAAUAACGAGUUGUCAGAGAUGCAAGAUAUGUCGUCAAAGAGGCCAUAAUCGUAGGACAUGCCCUCAAGUUACUGGGGUAAAGUUACACGGUAAUGGCACCAAAGAACACAUUCUACCUUCCAAAAGCAGAAUAUGCACUUGCCGGCUUUGCCGAGACAAAGGACACAAUAUAAGAACAUGUCCUAUUAGAAACACAGAGCCACUGAAGAUUAAACCUCAAAUUGAAGAAUGAAUUUAACAAGCCACUUUGGGAUUAAUUCAAAUUUAGUAGAUUAUACGGAGAAUAGUUGUUUGAACUAGGAAGUAUUGUUCAUCUUAGAGAUACCCAUUUUUUUAACAUCUCAAUUUGUCUCUGUACAUAUCGUCUAUGUUCAGGUUGGGAAUGUGUAAAAUUUCUUUAUAAUCAGAGCUAGUUUCAAAAUGUGCCAUUAAUGGAAGAUCAUUCUACUCUCUUUUUAA